AUGCGCCGCGUCCUCCGGCUGCUCCUCGGCUGCUUCCUCACCGAGCUGUGCGCCCGCGUGUGCCGGGCGCAGGAGCGAGCGGGGCACGGGCAGCUGGCGCAGCUGGGCGGCGUGGUCGUGCUGGCGGGGGGCAACCGCUCCGGGGCCGCCUCCGGGGAGGCCGGCGAGGGCGCGGGGGUCUCGGACGCGCCCCCGACCCGGGCGCCCACGCCGGACUUCUGCCGCGGCUACUUCGAUGUCAUGGGCCAGUGGGACCCGCCGUUUAACUGCAGCUCGGGCGACUUUAUCUUCUGCUGCGGGACUUGUGGCUUCCGGUUCUGCUGCACGUUUAAGAAGCGGCGACUGAACCAGAGCACCUGCACCAACUACGACACUCCGCUCUGGCUCAACACCGGCAAGCCCCCCGCGCGCAAGGACGACCCCCUGCACGACCCCACCAAGGACAAGACCAACCUGAUCGUUUACAUCAUCUGCGGGGUGGUGGCCGUCAUGGUGCUUGUGGGCAUCUUCACCAAGCUGGGGCUGGAGAAAGCGCACCGGCCCCAAAGGGAGCACAUGUCCAGGGCCCUUGCAGAUGUCAUGAGGCCACAGGGCCACUGCAACACUGACCACAUGGAGAGGGACCUCAACAUUGUGGUUCAUGUCCAGCAUUAUGAAAACAUGGAUACCAGAACCCCCAUAAAUAAUCUUCACACGACCCAGAUGAACAACGCGGUGCCCACCUCCCCCUUGCUCCAGCAGAUGGGCCAUCCGCAUUCGUACCCCAGCCUGGGCCAGAUCUCCAACCCCUAUGAGCAGCAGCCACCGGGCAAAGAGCUUAACAAGUAUGCCUCCUUGAAGGCAGUCGGAAGUUCUGAUGGUGACUGGGCAGUGGCGACACUUAAGUCACCAAAAGCCGACAAGGUAAAUGAUGACUUCUCCUCCAAGCGACGGCACCUGGCCGAGCUGGCCGCCAAGGGGAACCUACCUCUGCACCCAGUGAGAGUGGAUGACGAGCCGCGGGCCUUCAGCCCUGAGCAUGGCCCUGCCAAGCAGAAUGGACAGAAGUCCCGCACCAACAAGAUGCCCCCACAUCCCCUGGCCUACAACUCCACCGCCAACUUCAAGGGCUGGGACCCCAACGAGCAUUCCCUCCGGCGGCAGGCUUAUGGUAACAAGGGCAAGCUUGGCACAGCCGAGUCGGGCUCCAGCGACCCCUUGGGGACUCGCACCCAGCACUACCCACCCCCACAGCCAUACUUCAUCACUAACAGCAAAACAGAAGUGACUGUCUGAGCUUUCACUACAGGGAGCAUCCUGGAGACCAUACUCAACUGAGAGAGGCAAAAAAAUACCCCUGGCCCACACCCUCCCUGUCCCCCCCACCCCCGACAUGCUCCCCCCCACUCCCUGACUCCCCGUUCCAACCGACGAUAAACCUACUGGUGACGCAGAAUCACGCUUUUCUUGGGUCAUGCCGAACACAUGUCAGCGGGCAGCUGAGCAAGACGGAAGCAGGGACGUUCAGCAAUACAGCAAAGGAGAAACUGAGGCACGGCUCUUUCGACUUCAGGCCCCAGGUGGCCAACUCACACGCCCACACCGUGGGGCUAAUUUUUCUUUUCCUCCUGACUUACAACUGAACUCCAUGAUGAAAAAUUAAAAGUAGCACAACUUAGAGAAAUUGUCCAUUUGAGCACAUACACCAUUUACCAUGCGCUGUUUCCGGUGAAAGAGCCAGGUUGGGGUGGGGGGAGCAUGAGGGUGGACACAAGAGAAGAGCGUACUUGAGAAGAGGAGUUCUCUGGGAAGAAUGCUGUGUGCAUAAGUGUCUUCUAAUCUCAAGAAAUAGUGACAUGGACACACAAUUUUGCCAAGCGUGAGACAGUAACUGGACCCCUACCAUUCUAUUUGUAGUACUUUUCAUAUCGUCAAUGUUGGAAGCAAACACACACACACACACACACACACACACACUCAAACUCACAAAAAGUCAAUAGACCCUGAACCCACUGGCAGUGAUGAGAAAGAAAGAGCAUUUUAGAGAAGUCCUGUAAAGACCAUGACCAUGUACAUGGCAAGGAUAGUAGGCUUCUGCAGCGGGCAGAGGGUCCAGAGAGUAUUAAAUAACUUUAAAGAACAAGAAGAAGAAGAAGAGAAACAAAGACAAGCCCACUACAAAACAGACAAAAACAGCAAAUUCAUUUUUGCCCAGAAUCCUUGGGACUUAGGAAACAAUGACAUCAGAACAAAAACAUACUCCACAGCUGGAAAGUCGACAAGAGGUGAGAAGGGGACACCCCGCAUUUCCCGCCUUGCCUCCAAGACAAGAAACAGACGCAGAAACCAGUCCUCUCUUACCCAUCUCUCCCCGACCCCCCUCAGCCCGUUGCCGCCGCCGCUGCCAAAUUUCAACUGCUUUGGACUGAAAAUGUCAUAAGCGUGGGUGGUGCCUUCAAUGUGUUACUGUUUAAUGACAGUCUUGUUUCCCAAGUGCAACCUGUGUUCUCUGAGCCCCCCACCCCCCGCCCCGCGUCCUGUUUCCUGCAGUAAUAGAAGAUGUUCCUCUCCUCCUUUGUCAGUGAGCCCAGCCAUCCCACACCCCGAGGGGGCUGCUACGAUGUCGGGGGUACCUAAAGAUGAAGACCUCCCCGCCCCCCACCCUCCCACCCCCAGUCCUAGCGUUAUCUGCCCCCCCUGCCCCCGCCAAACCUCCCAAGCAUUUUGGGAUCUUGUAAUUUCCAUGGCCCUCCCAGCCACCUACCUCCCCAGAUACAUCCAUCCAAGAAUUCAUCUCCCAACCAGAAUCCCCCCUGAGGUGGUUGUUCAGAUCGGUCCUCCCAGCCGAUGGCCCUUGGGCAUCCCGACCAAGGUGGCUUCCCGGCGGCGUGCUGCCUCACCUGUCUCUCUCCUCUGACAUCACAGAAGCAAGGGAAAUCCGGGGUUGGGUUCUUCUUUUCAUUCCAUCUGGGGGGCACAUUGACAAUGCAUGUUAUCUCCUUGGGCCGUAGUCUCCCAUCCGAAACACGGGGAAAGCCUUUCAAUCUUUCUGAAUGGCAAAACCUCUGCCCAUUUUUUAAAAAUGUAAUCGUGCACAGGUGCCACUCUGGAAGAUCCUCACUGAGAAGGUGGCUCUGCGCUGGACAAAGCAGAGCUGGUGGUGGGGGUGGGGGUGGGGGCGGAUACAAUGCCCACUUUCUCAGCCUCUUUGCUGGGAUCCCAGCGUUCCCCAGAGUGGGGUAAACACUGCCCUUCGGUCAGGGUUUCCGUGAUAUUAGCUUUCCGUGUACCUGCUUUUGGCAUCCUUGUGUAUUGCCACCAAAAUAUUUAAUAUCUAAUAUUUAAUAUCUAAAUUGAUUCCCUCUUAAUACUUUGAACUCUUAAAAGGAAAACUUCCUUUCCUCAUGUCAAACAGAAAGGCAGUAUCAAUCACCCUAAAUAAAAAGUAAGCAUAAAAACAAAGACCAAGGCAACAGAGUGGCAAUCGUUAAGCUCUAGCUGGAUAUUGUUGCCUGUGGAAGGAUGUUAACCCAGAGCCAGGCCUUUGCUGGCUCAUCGCACGCUCUCUCUGUCUCUCUCUCUCUGUCUCUCUUCCCUUCCAUCUUUCCUCCCUCUCCCUUUUUUCUUUAUUAAGAAGAUUAGCAGAUUUGUUAAAGAGCUGUUAAAGAUAUACCAGCACCCAGUGGAGACUUUGCACUCCAAGGGACUCCAUCGGACGGAUAGAAUGGAAAGGAACCCAUUCCCUCUGUGACUCGGUGUUAACCAGUGCUAGAUCCACGUGCUACUACAAAUCGUUUUGCAUUUGCCAGUGAUGCACAGCGCAUAUUUCAGGAAAUACGGGGUCUGCUUAUCUGUGAGGUUCCCUACAGCUCCAAAGUCCUGUGAGUCUAGUUUCCCCUUUGGCUCAUCCUGCCUCUUGUACUGGACUCACUUCAUCUGACCUUUAUCCCAACGCUGAUUAAGGACCUUUCUUGGUCUCUGAAUCAACAGAAUUCUUUCCCACCCCACCCUCCUCCGUGUUCCUUCUCUUCUGGGUAAACUUCAUCCAGUGAGUUUUGUUGUUAGUUGGGGGGUGUUGGCAGGAAGGUUGCAGCACGCUCAGGAAGAUGUGACAGGAUGACGGCAGAGGACAUUACUUCUCUGUCUCAUGACCUUCCAGUUGGCUUGGUGAACUGGGACCAAGGGGGUGGGGGCUGGACAAGGAGGUUUAUUCUUAGGCCUCCUCCCAGGAGGGUGGAUGGGGAUGGAACUCAUGGUACUGAUGGAUCUGUGGCUGCCGUGUAUCAACAUGAAUCCUGUAGCUAUGGUGGGGAGCUUAGAAGAGAGAAACCGGAACAAAGCAGAGAGGCUGUCCCUGUCCCAUCCCGUGCCCUGGCACUAGCCUCUACUUUUUGCCUUUAGCUAUCCCCGACUUCCAACCCAAUGGGACCAGAGUCUGACUUCCUUUCGCCUUCCCAGAGCAUCUCAGCCUCCAUCCCGCCUUGGGCUCUGCCUGGUACCCCCAUCUAACUCCCCCCUCCCCAGUUUUCCGUGUAAAUGGAGCAUAUUUUAUGUGCGAAUAUUUUAGUAACCGUAUGUUCUGCAAGUAAACCUGUGUUAAUACUUGUCAACAACUGCAGAGUUUAUGAUACCAAUAAUACUUCCUACAAUGAAGAAAAAAAAAAGACAUUUGUUUGUUUUCUAAAAAUGUUUAUUUGUAAACAUGUAUUCACUAUAUUAAUAUGAAUUUCUUACCUGGCAAUAAAACUGAUUAUAUGUGAUGCUGUUGGG